AUCGCUUCCCACAGUCCAUCUGUAACAGAAUUUGACCAGCUGUUUGUGUGCAUUUUACAGCACCGGCUAUAAUUAGGUGGGCCAACUAAUAAAAAAAAAACAUCAAACAAAACAUGAAAAAUGUAAAUAUGUGCGAGCAAUUGAUGUAAUAAGAAAUUCGUGUAAUGGAUAUUGCCAGCAUUGAGCUGAGCUGGGAGGCACUGAUUGGCUCCCUAGUAGCGCUUAGCGUGCUCUUCGUCUUUUGUCGCAGUCUUCUGGCCGAAGAUGUUGUCAUUUGCAUAUCGGGCAAAACACGUCACAGCUGGAAAUCAAUAAAAAUUCUUGAACAGGCCUGCUUCUGUAAUGUGUGUGAGAUAUUGUUGACGCCAUCGGCGGGCCUCUUCUGCGACUGUUGCGGCAUUUGCACGCACUCGGAGCCAUCGUGUCAGCGCCAGGCGGAUUCCCAGUAUCACUGCAAGGACAAAUGGUUGCGCAACGUGGAUACAGUGCAACACUUGUGGGUGCGCGGCAAUUUACCGAUGAGCUACAGCUGUGCCGCGUGUGGCCAAGAGACAGAAGUGGAUCAUCACAGCAGCAGCUCGGAACCGGGUCUGUUUGGCUGGCGGUGUGCCUGGUGUCAGCGCUGCUAUCACGACAACUGCUACAAGAGUGUGGACACCAAGGCUGUGUGUGAUUUUGGCGAGUUCAGUGACAUGAUAUAUCCACCCUACAGCAUUGUGGCAGCCAGGACGCGUGAAUCUGUUCGCUUGCACCUUGCCGGCAUCAAGCCGCCAAACAUUGAGAACUGGGAACCGUUGAUUGUGAUUGCCAAUACGAAAUCGGGCAGCAGCACGGCCUCGAAUGUGUUGUCGCUGCUGCGUGGCUAUUUGCAUCCCAUGCAAGUUAUGGAACUGGGCACCCGCGGUCCACAGGAUGCCUUGCAGUGGGUGGCUAAGACGAGUCCUCGUCCUUGUCGCAUCCUGGUGGCUGGUGGAGAUGGCACAAUUGGUUGGGUGCUCAACACCAUCUACACACUCAAUAUAAAGCCACAGCCUGCCGUGGCCAUUAUGCCACUGGGAACUGGCAACGAUUUGUCGCGUGUGCUCGGCUGGGGAGCCGAGCCGCCAUCUGUCCUCGAUCCGCUGCAGAUAUUGCGCAGUGUUAAGAGGGCUCGUUCCGUGAAUCUCGAUCGAUAUGAUCUGCAAAUCGAGAAGCUCCACUUCCGGCUGCCCAUACAAAGACAUCCCAUAAAGACAAUACACGUGUACAACUAUUUCAGCGUUGGCGUCGAUGCCUACAUCACCUACAACUUCCACAAGACGCGCGAAUCUCGCUUCUAUUUGCUUAGCAGUCGCAUAUUCAACAAGUUGCUGUACUUCACAUUUGGCACACAGCAGGUCAUGCAGCCGGAUUGCGAACGCAUCGAGCAGAAGCUGGAACUAUAUUUAGAUAAUAAGUUAGUUGAACUGCCGGAACUGCAAUCGCUGGUAUUUCUCAAUAUUGACUCUUGGGGCGCCGGUUGCAAGCUGUGCGAAAUUAGCAACUCGAAUGGCGAGAAACGCAUUAUAAACUCCAUCUCUGAUGGCAUUAUGGAGGUGUUUGGCAUCGUCUCAUCCUUUCACAUUGCCCAGUUGCAGUGCAACAUUAGCAAACCGGUGCGCAUUGGUCAAGCCAAACAGAUAAGGCUGCGCGUGAAUGCAACGGUUCCCAUGCAGGCGGAUGGCGAACCCUGGAUGCAGACGCCGGCUGAUAUACGCUUGCAGUCACGCAGCCAAGCUCGUGUUCUCAAAUCCGUAGUGGCGUCCACCGAGUAGCAGCCAGUCUCUUUCUAGUCUUUAAAAGUGAACCCAAGCUGUGUCCAAAAACAAUGUACUUAAACCCUUUGCUAAAAAAUAUCUAUCUUAAAUUGUAGCUAGCCAAAGUCAUAAUUCUACUACCCAACUAACCAAAGGUUUGGGAAAACAACUCGAAACUACAGAGAAUGAAUGAAAUGAAUCUAUUAAAAUUAAUGAUAAAAGUACAUAAUAAUGUUAACAACAAUAAUAAAAAGUUGUACGUUAAUUUUGAAAAGCA